UCUGUUUCGUCAGCCCUGCGACACCGGAAAUGUAGUUCAGCCAACGGAAUCGUCCGGUAGUUGUGGCGGAGGGUGGAGGUCAUGUUUCUCCAAAAUGAACCCGGUACGCAAACGCCUCAGACUUAGCCCAUCCCAAGCACAACUCAGGAGCAGCAGCGCCCCGAAGGCCUCCCCGUCUGACCCUCUUUCCAAUGACGCCCCAUCGCCUUCGGCUUCUGCUGGAGCCGGAACGGAAGAGGAGGAAGGGUACUUGUUGGUGGAGGAAGACACCGCUGACUCCAGCCUUGUCAUCACCAUGGAGGAAAGCCAGAUGGAAGUGAAGAUGCAGAGGAAGAAGCCGGCGAGGAAGAAGAGGAAGGCGCUGAAUGAGGAGCCGCCUCAAGACAAAGUCAAGGCCUCGGAGACCGAAGAAGAGGAGGAUACAGGGGUGGAUGUGGAAAUUGACAAACAGCUUGACCAGUCUUUGGAGACAAAGUCCAAACAGCACAACCUGACAGCUGUGAAUGUCAAAAACAUCAUCCAUGAAGUGAUCACCAACGAGCACGUAGUCGCCAUGAUGAAAGCGGCCAUCAACGAGACCGAAGCUGUUCCUCCCUUUGAGCCUAAAAUGACUCGAUCCAAGUUUAAAGAAGUUGUGGAGAAGGGAGUGGUGAUUCCCACAUGGAACAUUUCUCCUAUCAAAAAGAGCAGCGAUGUCAACAAGGCUCCUCAGUUUGUGGACAUCCCAUUAGAUGAGGAGGACUCUUCGGAUGAGGAGUAUCGUCCAGAUGAAGAAGACGAGGACGAGACCGCUGAAGAUACAUUCCAUGAAAGUGACAUGGAAAGCACAGCGUCGUCUCCCAGGGGAAGUCGACUCAAUCGAGGGGAGGAGGACAGCUGCAGCCCCUGGCAGAGCUCUCGGGUUCAGUUAAGACGCUCAAAGUUGGGGUCAAUGGGACCACCCCCUCCCCCCAAAACCCCGCCCCCCAAAGCGGUGACUGACAGCACCUUCCUGGAGAAGCUCCACGCAGUGGAAAAGGAGCUUGCAGACUGUUUGGAGCCCUACCAGCCGCUGGCGGAGUCAGAGGACGAGGCUGGCGUGAUGGCAUGUCGAACUCGCUCCAAGCGUCCUCUGAGGGAUGUUCCGCUGGGCCAGCUGGAGGCCAAGCUCCGAGCUCCUGACAUCACUCCCGACAUGUACGACUCAAGCUCCGCCCCCGAGGACAGGGACUGGACGGAUUGGCUGAGAAGCUUGAUGAGUUCAGAAGUAGAUAACGAAGAUGAAUGUGAUGAUGAAGAUGAUCCAGAGUACAACUUUCUGGCAGACACUGACGAGCCAGAUGUGGAAGAUUACCGCGACGACAAGGCUGUCCGCAUCACCAAGAAGGAGGUUAACGAGCUAAUGGAAGAACUCUUUGAAACGCUCAAAGAGGACCUGGCAUCACAGGAAGUGGAUGACGAAGGCCAUGAGGAAGAGGAGGAACCACAAGAAGACAGACAAACUGUUCAUUCACACCCCGCUCCGGACCCGCACACAGAGGCGGUUGAGGCAGAGGCGGAGGAGGAAUGGGUCCCAGGGCUACGUACGGUGAAGCAGCAACUGGCUUUUAUCAGGAACCGACAGCAAACAAAUGCACAUUAUCAUAAAUACUUCCAGUGUCCAGAACCGAACACACUGAAGUUGAACGCUCAGCAAAAGAUGAGACUACAGCAGCAGCUGCAGCAGCAUGUUCAGCUGCUGACUCAGAUUCAUCUGCUGUGUUUGCCUGUGGUCAAACUGCACAGUGAGGCUGAGACCACCAAACAGUUCCUGUUUGAGUUGGACAUGCUGGCUCAGGGCGGUGAGCUCAUCCGAUCUGCAGGCCAGCCCGGAUUCUGCAGCGCUUUCAGAGCGUCCAAUCUGCAGGGGGCGCUGGAGCUGCUGGAGGAGCUGCAUCAGACUCCCAUCAACUAUGAACCGCAGCACCACCCGCCAGAUGCCAGAGGAUACAUGCGCUGUUUUCCCGUCAUGCCUGCUGAGCUGGCCUGGCUUUUUGCAACCCGGCCGGUGUUCCUCUACCCAGAGCUGCUGCCGUGUGCCAGUCUGGAUCCGGCGCUGUACUGCCCCCGCAGGACGGCAGCUUUCACUGCAGCUGAGGACUGCCUGCUGGUUCUUGGCCUCAGAAAUAUGGGAGGGUCAUGUGACCCGCCUAAACUCGUGUCUCAGUUUCUGUUGAGGAAAACCGUGGUUCAGGUCCGAAGAAGAAUCCUGCAGUGCUGCAGGCCCGGGUUUCCUGACAACAUUGUCAAGGCUUUCAGGUAUCAGCAGGUGUUGUGGCCAAUGCCGGUUGCCUGUCAUCCUGUGGAUCCUGCAGAGCGACGCCCCCCUGUGGAGAGGGAGGAGAAGGUCUUGCCUCUGUGGCUUGUGCGGAGCCUUCCCAUCAUCUAUCUGUCAGUGAAACAUGUCAACAGCCCGUCCGGCGCCAUCCCAGAGGCCCCCGCCCCUUGCAGGAAAGGGAAACCCCGUCAGAGUCAGCUGGCCGUUCUGCGUUCUGCCUCUGUCACCUACAGCUUUCUCCCCGGAUCCAAAUACCCGCCGCGUCUACCUGCCAACCUGGACUUCAAACGAAUCGGGUUUGUCUUGGUGCAGUCGCCGCUCCCCCCUCCCGUCCCCGACUCCUGCCCCCCGCCGGACAGCCCGACCAGCCCCUCUGUUUCCUCGCCAAGUCCUCCACGGGUCCUCCUUCACCGUCUACCUCUACCAAAGACCGACCCUUUCACGAACCUCACCCCCGUCUCCACGGAAACCACUGAAAAGAUCAGAGGCCACGUACAGACGCUAGCCGGCCUGAGGAGAAGGUCGCCUCCUUCGUGUCGAGCUGCCGGGAAACCCGGUGGGAAGGAGAUGAAAGCUUCUUCCUUCUUUCAGAAAAGCUCAACCGACGUCCUCAGAACCAACCCCAAAGACGGGAGCGAGGGAGGAGUGAAGGACCCAAACGCAAUGUCCGAAUGUUCCCCUGGUUCAGGGCGGAGCAUCGAUUCUCCUCAUCCAGAGGGGGCGGAGUCAGAAAGUGAACAUGAAGUGACUGUUACCUUGUCCAGAUCAGGAAAAGAAGAGCACUGUGGAGAUGGAGAGACGUCUUCCGAUGAGUCCAGAUCGUCUGUCAUCCACAUUCAGGAGAAGCUCUCCUCAGAAGAAACGGAGGAUGAUGACGAUCUGAGGGAAUCUGAGGAUCUGGUGUUUGCCCAGGAUUAUCUCCACAGAGUUUGUGAGGCAGUGCAGGGGUGUUCGAGCCUUGCUGAGCAGCUGUUACAGGUUUUGGAUGAAUUUUCUGCUGCGGGGGUUCUGGAAGUUCUGUACGGCAGGUUAAGCCGAGUCCUGCAGCCGUGGCCUCAGCUGCUCAAAGACUUUGCUGCCUUCCUGAACCACAAGCAGGCUCGCAAAUGUGGACUGCUGUUUGAACAGCAGCUGUUUAAACGCAGCAGGCAGUUUUUACGGCGACUGGGGCGCACCCUCGGAGAGAGCUCAUUCCUCUACCAGGAAGUGGUUUCUGUGCUGCAGGGAUGCUCCGCCCCUUCAUCUGAAGACAUGGACAAGGUCGCGUCUCUGCUCAGUCACCAUGCAGACUUGCAGGUAGAGGUCCGGGAGUUCUUCCAGCAGCUCCACAUCUGCUCGUUGCCAACAGCAACCGGCUCUGAACCUGCUGAUGUGGGCUGGGCGUCUCAGAGCAACGAACACUGCGAUGGGAAACGGGUUGACUGUUGCUCAGAAGAGGACAGAGACCAGGAGGAGCAGCGAGCCGUUUGUGCCAAAAACAGUAAAUUGACUUCCACUGGAGAGAAGGUCGUCGUUUGGACCCGCGAAGCAGACCGCACCAUUCUAACAGCCUGCCAGCAGAAAGGAGCCAGUAGAAAAACUUUCAGACAGAUUUCUGCUCAGCUGGGAAACAAAACGGUCCAUCAGGUGCAACUUCGUUUCCAGGACUUGAUGAAACUGUUUUACACCUCAUCCCAAAAAUCCACAGCUUGGUCUUCAAAGGGCCAGCCAGUCAACAAACCCGAAGCAGCUCCCGACUAAUCCCGGACUAACCCCCAAGUGGAUGCCUGGCCUGAAAGGGUCUGCUGCAGUGCUUUAAGGCUGCAGCUGUUAAGCUGCAGGGUCAUUAAAAGCACUAACGGUGGAUUUUGUUCCAGCAGAGUGUGCUCGACAGCUGUGUCACAGCCUUCAGAAUCACUGCAUCAGUGCAAGAUUGAGCGUUCACAAUCAUGAGUGAUUGUAGUUCAGCUCGGAAUGACCGAGAAAUGUUAAAUCCCGAUCCUGGUUCAGUGGAGCAACUCCGCGAAUCCUUCAAAUGAAUGUGGCGGUUUUUCCUGUUCCUCUCACUGCAGCUGUUCAAAGGUUUUUCUGGUGAAAUUUCAACAUUUUUAUUGAUCUUCACAGAGUCCAAAGCCAUUUUUUAAAUUUUAUUUAUAAUAAUAUAUAUUCAAGACAAAUUUGUAUUACAUUUUUAGAAAUUGUCUUCUUGGAAAUGGGAAAAGAUCUGAUCUUUACCUCAAGAAUUAAGACGAUUUAAAUAAAAAAGUAAAUGAAACCAAUUUGCAUCUUUUAAAACAUAUGUCCUCACUAAGUGUGCCAAAUGUUUAAGAUGGGAUAGGGGGAAGACCUUACAGUUUUAAUUUCAUCUGGAAGCCACAAGCAGCAAUUUCUUGAUGGUAUCGACUAUAAUAAAAUUAUAACUGUUUUAUUACACAAACUCCAGAUGAAUUAAUCUUAAAAUUUUUGAAUUGCUCUUCACUAAUUCUUGAAAAAAACUUUGACUUUACAGUUUUACUAGAUGGAUUCAUGGAGUUUCAUCCUGUGUGACAAUAGCAAAUGAAAAGACAUUUAUAAUCAAUGGGCAUUUGUUUGUAAUUUAUCUCCUCUGACCUCAAAGAUCUGGGAUUUCACUGUGACAAAUUGUCAAAUAUAAAAAAAUAAAAAGUUGUUAGAGAAGUCUCAAAAACUUCUGCCUUA